ACAAAGUGGAAGCCUAGAAAAACUGCUCACUUCAAAUGACAUAAUGCAAAGUUUUUCUUUUUCUCUUUUUUAACUUUGGUUUGGGGGGCGGGGGGGUUGUGCCAUUUUGUGUUACAGCUCGAGUGAGUCAUUGGUGGAAAGAGGGGAGGAAGAUUUGAGAAGAAAUAUUGCUGUUAAAUGACUUUGGACAGCAUGACAUCACGGGGUAAUUAAAACAACUUUCUGGAAUUCCGUUUCCAAUUCCUGCGCUCAGGUUUGUUGGAGGAUUUUCUUCUCGAGCACCUGCAGGUUGGUGUGUGAGUGAAAUAUUUUCACUGGACGGGGUUCAAACUUUGAAGGGAAAGAGAGAGAGAGAAAAAAAAAGAAACGGAGGCAGCGGCAUUACGCCAUUCUUGCCUCUCUUGGAAAAAAAAAAAGUGGGAUUUAAAGAAGUUUCUUACAAGAUAUCCAGCAGAAUCGCAGCCGUGGAGGGUUUUUAACGCAAGUCCACUUUUUUUUCUUAACCUUUUUCUUGGAUUUUCUGCUCUUCUAUCACACACAGGAUCUCUUUGGCACUAUGGUUCUUACAGAUGACGGAUGGGAGAAUAAAGGUUUACAGGAUUUGUUUCUUCAACUUUUAAAACUCAGUUAUAGUCCACAUCUUUUGCUUUUACAACCUUGCAUAUGUCUAUAGCCACAUAUUGCAGACAGGAGAAGCACUUUUUUUUAUUCAUUUCACACCUCCUGGCAGAGUCAACUCAGAGGAUGAAAAAGACUCGGACCAAACAGGACUAAUUCUGAAACAGACUUGCAGGUUUAAAAUACAAUGACGGCCUGGCAAAAAAAGGCAAAAGGACUUUAAGGAUGAAAGUUGUGAAGCGUCUCUCUCUUCUGCUGAGCUGCUGGACUCUCAUUUACCUGCAUCCCUCGGUCCUCGGUUCACUCAGCCGGAGCAGACCGACCGACCACCACCAGCACCACCACCGGCUUGGAGAGGCAGCGGACAGGCAACCGGUGAGUCCGGCGAGGAUUACGCGGAUCCGCGCUGCAGAACCUCCGUUAAUCAAGGCCGAGGCGACGACUGUUACUAAAGGCAAACUUAAUGCAGUGAACAGUGCACAGCUGCAGCAGCAACAACGAGACAGACCGGUGAGCUUGGGACGCAGAGAGGCUGCAGUGCGCUCCUCCUGGGAUGCUCACAUUGGCGCACAUGCUGCAGCAGGGAAAGGAGUUGUUGGGACUGCGGCUGGAGGUGGAGGUGGAGGCUCACCGGGGAAAAAACUACUGGGCAAGGUUGCUUCUAGAGCGAGGAGCGCAGCCGCUUCUGCACCAGUACCAGUGCGCACCGGGCCUCUCCAAAGGACCGUCCGUGCGCAAAAGCAGCAGCAGCAGCAGCAUCAGAGCGCAGCUCCGGUGGCGCAGCAGCGGGGAUUCAGCAGCAGCAGCAGCAAGGCGGCCCAGAAGAAAGUGAGCGACAGGGAAGAAGCGCAUCAUAAUAAACAGCCGCUGGUUAUUCCUCACGACUACAUGCUCUCGCUUUACUGGUCUCUCUCCAACGGGGACCUGAACAGCAGCAGCGCUCUGCAUGAAGCCGGUCUGGCCAACACCAUCACCAGCUUCGUGGAUAAAGGACAAGAUGAGCGUGGGCCCCAGCUGAGACGGCAGAGGUAUCACUUCAAUGUCAGCUCUCUGGAACGAGACGGGCUCCUGGGGGCCGAACUACGCAUCCUGAGGAAGCGCCUGUCUGACCCCCGCAGGGCCUCAAUGGGAUCCACAGCCGCUGAUGGAGGGGGUGGAGGAAUCUCGUCCCCGUGCCUGAAGCUGUACACCUGCGCUUCAGGUAAACAACAGGCUGUUCUGCUUCAGACGAAGACCAUGGAGGAUCUGCUCGGCGGAGGCGGAUUCGGCAGCAAAUGGGAAGUGUUUGACAUAUGGAAAAUCUUCAAGGGGUUCAAAAACCGGCAGAACCAGCACUCCCAGCAGCUGUGCUUUGAACUGGAGGCCCUGGAGCACAGAGGCAGUCGCCCCGUGGACCUGCGCACUCUAGGGUUCGCCCGACCCGGCAGGACCAACAAGGAAAAGGCAUUCCUCUUGGCGUUUGGCAAAAGCAAGAAACGCGACCUUUUCUACAACGAGAUCAAAGCGCGGUCAGGCCAUGACAACAAAACCGUCUACGAAUACCUGUUCACCCAGCGGCGAAUGCGCCGAGCUCCUGCUGCAAGGGCGGCUAAAAAACCACUGCAGCAGCAGCAGCCGCCGCCACAGACCCUCCCCCAACAUCAAGUGGUGAAGAUGCAGACGAGGCCGCGAUGUCACCGGAGACGACUCCAUGUGAACUUCAAAGAGAUGGGCUGGGACGACUGGAUCAUUGCGCCGCUGGAGUACGAGGCUUUUCACUGCGACGGCGUCUGCGACUUCCCCAUCCGCUCGCACCUGGAGCCAACCAACCACGCCAUCAUACAGACGCUGAUGAACUCAAUGGACCCGGAGUCGACGCCGCCCACCUGCUGCGUCCCGACGCGACUCAGCCCAAUCAGCAUACUCUACAUCGACUCGGCCAAUAACGUCGUCUACAAGCAGUAUGAGGACAUGGUGGUGGAGUCGUGUGGCUGCAGGUAGCAAAGAAAGGUGGGACAAAGAACAAGACAGAGAAAGAAAGAGAGUUCUUGACUCUCACUUUGAGGGAAGAUAGAUAUGUUUGAUCAUACCUAAUAUGGGAAGCAAAACAGCGCUUAUUUCAGCGGAUUGUGACCAAACUCACUGCUAUGCAACAGACAUUAGUCUUCACACUCAAGUGGACUAUCAGACUGCAUACCAAAGACUGUUACACACUGUUAAAGACUAAACAGAGAAAGAUAAACUCAUGGAAGUGAUGCUCUUUAACACCCACUCACUAAAACUUGUGUGUGAUGUUGAUGGCGAUGAGCAAGAUGCAUCCGAGAGAAGCCAAAAACAACCAGAGACACUUUUGGAUUAAAGUUCUGAUCUCAUAUUCAACUUAUUUUUACUGCUUUUGUUUUCCCUCUUCAGAUUUGUAUCUAUGUUCUGAUUGGUGUAAAAAGUUUUCGUGUAACAGAAAAUGCUAUUGAAACAUUAGUGAAUUAUACUCCCAAAUGCCCUUUUUUCAGCACUUAUCUGCCAUUGUGCCUUUGCCCAUUCAGAUGCACAAUGAAGAGUAAUUUGUGUGUCUUAUCCAAGACUUUUGUAUGAAGCAUGUAAAGAAUUUCUGAUAUAUAAAUACAGGCCAGUGAUGAAGUGCUAAUCUGACCUGCUCCAAAUGUGGGAAAGUUGCAUAAACUACUCUUCAAUAAAAAAUGUCUAACUGA